UCUCUGACCAGGCAGUGACAUUUCUUAACGUUCCGGUCCCCGUGCAUCUGUUUUGAUUGGGGAUCAAUCCGAGCACACAGCACCGCAGUGCUGCUACAGUCAAUCUCACUAACAUCCCUCCAGUCCGGGCACUAAAAACAAUGUCAACAUACAGAGCCUAAUCAUGGAAGAAGCCGUGCCAUUUAACAUCGUGUCCACCGUCAAAGCGUUGAGCGGCGCGUUGCGGAGAGAUGCUGAACAUGAAGCCGAGAUCAGCCGCGAGCGAGAGAAGCACUGGUUCAAGGAGAGCAGCGCAAAAAACCUGAGAAAUCGUGACUUCUUGUCACCCAGCACGGUUCUGACGACGCUGUACGCCGGUGGAGAGGUCAGUCUGAAAUAUGUGCUCACAUGUGCGUUUUUUAUUUUCUGUGUUAUGAUCUCUUCCUGGCCUGCACCAGUGACAGAUGCGUUCUCGCGCUUCUCCGCAUGGCAAUUUUACGCAUGGCUUGAGGCGCCUUUUCCCCUCUGUAUUGUGCGUAAGUCAGUGAUUUCUCUGUUUUCAGUGCAGAGAGAAGCUUUGUGUCAUCUGGCCCAGCUGGACAGUGCUACCACAGAUUUCCCUAUCUCUAUGACAACAGCCCUGCAUGUCACUUCCUGUCAGGAUGAGUUUCGUCAGCAGCAAACAGCCGUGCUGUGGAGAGCGACGGGUGCAACGGCAGUGCAGAGAUUGGUGAUUUGUGGUCCUGUUAAAACUCCUGGAAUUCAGAUGAAUGCAGCUCAGUAUCUUCAGUUAAGAAAAGCUCAGAUGAAAGAGGCCUCAGAAAUGAAGUACGGAGACCAAGUUGAAGGUCAGACAUGGGAUGACAUCAUUAAAGUCAUGACCUCGGCCACCGUGAGGUUUGAACUGCUUUCCACAGUGCACACAAGUCCGGUGACCUUAGAUGUUCAGCGGGACAGUGGUGUGUCCACAAAGGGCCCCAGGGGUGGAGUCUUUGUCAUGUAUAACUGCGCUCGUCUUCACACACUUUUCAGCAGCUACGAGAAAGGGGUGGAGCAAGGUCUUUAUCCGGAAAUCCCUAGAGGCACAGAGCUGGACUUUUCUGCCCUAAAAGAGGAGGGGGAGUGGCUUCUUCUCUUCAAUUACCUCAUUCCAUUCUCUGAGUUGCUGGACCAAUCGGGACAGAUCCUGGAGCAUGAAGGCAGCACAGCCAGAGUGAAUUUAAGGACUGAACAGGUGUGCAGAUUCUUGGUGUCUCUCAGUAAAGAUUUUAGCUCCUACUACAACAGAGUUCACGUCCUUGGGGAGCCCCUGCCUCAUCUUUUUAAUCAGAUGUUUUGUCGUUUAUUGUUGCUGAGAGCAUUAAGAGAACUUUACCACAGCGCCCUGGACUCCCUUAACCUUCCCCCAAUUCCCCAACUAUAGCAUCUCCAAUGCAGACAUUAUGCGCUAACAGCCACAAACUCUCUCCCUUAACAGCCAGCACUCUUCCAUUUUUCUCAGUUAUUACACCUUCGAUACCUUCCUCAUAGCCGUAAUUGCCUAAAAAGACCAUCUUGUCUGAAUGGCCCAAUAUUCCUCUUGCCCUCAAAAAAGACUGUUUUACCACUAAUAGCCAUACAGAAGGCAGGACAGACCCCAAUAAAUCUGUCGCUCUUCACCCUUUCGUCCAGUAAAUAAUAUUUAGUCUGAAAAUUCGCCCCUAAAAAUGUCAACAGAAUAUGCUUUCUUUCAGUGAAUUGAAAUUCUCCUGCACCACAUUCAUAGGUUUUGCCCUCCUGCAUGAAUAUGUAUUCUAUGUAAUAAUGUUUAAUUGGUGUAAGUGCCCAGCUCUAUUUGUUCAACGCUGAACACAUAUUUACAGUGUAGCACAGUUGUUCUCACAGUCUGAUAGAUGCACACACAAAGUAUCUGUCACCACUUUUUUUGAUUAGGAAUCAUGUCUGCAUGGUUGGCGAUCAUUUGGCAUUCCUAAAAUGUCAUGAUCUGGGAUGCUACUUCUUUUAAUAUGAAUAUAGUCUUAUCUGUACCAAAUAUAAAGUCUUAGUUCUCGAGUUUCCCUCAGUGUCCCCCACUGUUUAUGCCACUGUAAGCGUACAGGUGUAUUACUGAGCUUUCACAGAUCUGUGCCAUACGCCACACAGUAUUCAAAGCCCUGAGAGUUAAUAAACACAUUUAGAGUGAUUGUAACAUUCUCACCCUUCAAAGUUUUUGUUAGUGGUGAUUUCACUCAAUGUAUUUAAAAAGCAGCAACCCGCAGAGACUUCAUAAUUAAAAGAGUGUCUGCUUCAA